ACAUUAUAUUCGAUAUGCUCCGAAACAAGAAUCGUUGGUUCGAUAGGACCCGGUACGGUCCAACCGGUUGUACACCUACUUCAACUUGCAGUCCCCGCGCCAAACCCCAGCGACACUGGUUCUCUUAAACCCUAAACCUAGCUGACCAGCAGAACUAGGAACACAAAGAAACGGGAACUAAGGAGUUCUUGCGUCGGAUUAGCUUGUUCCAUUUGAAUACGGUGCGAAUUUUGCAGUUCAACCUUGAGAUUCUCCCCAAGCUCUUCCGGUAUUCUUUUUUCCUCCCGUCUGGUUUCCAUUUGUUCGAAGGUUGUCUGAAGUUUCGUUCUUUUUUUAGGUCUGAUGGCUCGUGGUGCACUAAGCAAGAAGAAGGGCUCAAAAUCAAGCAAAGGCCCACCUAAGAAGAAGCAAAAGGGUGACCUUUUCACCGAGAAACGCCCCGAAAAGGCUGACCUUUCAGACGAUUCCAAUGUCUCGGAUGAAGAAGUAGAGGAAUUGGAAAACUUCGAUGAAGACUCUGGUUCUGAACUUCUGUCCGGAGACGAUGAUCCUCUAGCUGAUGAUUUCCUGCAAGGGAGUGACGAUGAAGUUUGGUUUAGAAGAAAAUUCAGGCUCGGAUUCUGCUGCUGGUUCAGACUCUGAUUCAGAGGUAUCUGAUAUUGAGCGGAAGUCUAGAGCUCUUGAUGAACGUAGAGCAAGGGAGGAAAAAGAUGCAGAGGAUGAGCUGCAGACCAAUAUUGCUGAGGAAUCGGACGAGUUCCGGCUUCCAACAGAGGAGGAACUUGAAGCUGAGGCAAAUCGCCCUCCUGACCUUCAGAAUCUCCAAAGACGAAUCCAAGAAAUUGUUAGAGUGCUUUCAAAUUUUAAAGAUUUGAGGCAGGAAGGUGCUAAGAGGAAGGAUUACAUUGAGCAGCUUAAGAUGGAUCUAAGUUCUUAUUAUGGUUACAAUGAUUUCCUUAUUGGAGUUCUGAUAGAGAUGUUUCCAGUGAAUGAACUUCUGGAACUUAUUAAUGCUUUUGAAAAGCCAAGACCUAUAUGUUUACGAACAAACACUUUGAAGGCAAGAAGACGUGAUUUGGCUGAGGUCCUGUUGAAAAGAGGUUGGACUGGUUGUGUAUGAUUCGCAAGUGCCAAUUGGGGCUACUCCUGAGUACAUGGCUGGGCUCUACAUGGUAAUUGGGAUUUGUGCAGCUUCAUAUUCUUCAUCAUGCCAGUUUCCUGAGUUAUACAGUUAUAGUUUAUGACUUAAUAGCUGUUUGAUGACAGCUACAAAGUGCAAAUUCAUUUUUGCCUGUUAUGGCGCUUGCUCCACAAGAAAAGGAGCGGAUUGUCGACAUGGCGUAAGUAGUAAUCAUUACGAUUUUUUCUCUCUUCGAUUUUGAUGAACUGGCUGUAUAACUUUUCAAUUCUUGAAUGGCUUACCUGCCACUUGAAUUUAUACCAACAAUUGUGAAGAUAUAUCAUAUUAUCAGUGCCAACUAUUGUGCUUUUGCCUUAAAGCUCGUUCGAUAGUGCUAAGUACUCUAUUACUUGUGUUAUAUUUGUACUUUGGUGUUUGUGUUGUGUUAAAAGUCUUUGAGUUGUGCUUUGUAACGUUUUUAGGAUUCUGGACCAGGUCUCCUCACCCAUGUAGACAUUGAUAUCGUAGUGCUGACCGUCUGUGGAUUUCAACAUUGGAACUCAUCGUUGAUCUAUUGUUUCGUCCUUCCCUUCUGAAUGAUUAGGUUCAUUAAGUGUGCAUUGUCAUCGUUUUAUGUUGAAUUUGUAUGUGUAUAUGAUGUAGCAACUUCUUCCUGUCACAGGGCUGCACCUGGUGGCAAAACAACAUAUGUUGCUGCUCUUAUGAAAAAUACAGGUAUGUUGUGAGGCUUGAUAGCUAUAUUCUCUUGCUUGUAGCUUAUCUUUCAUAAGCCUUCUCUGAUAUAAAUAUUAUGUGAACAAUAGAUGAACUCUUUGUCCAUUCUUUUCUCAUUUCUUGUUAAACUUAUAAACAUGUAAAUACAAAAGGAAUUAUUCCAUCUCGAGUUAUCUAAUAGCUUUCCAUAAGCAACGUCUUCUCACCUAGUAACCUAAAUUUUUAGGCAGAUUUAUUCCCUUGUUUUAUCAUGUUAUGAUGUAUUCUCUAUUGUUCUCUUUGGUCCCUCCCAAAAAUCUCUCGACUUAUGUGCUGCAGGCCGUGCUUCUCAUUUUUGAUGAAUUUGGUUGUUGAGGAAAAUGAGCCCCUUAAGUGUACUUUGAAUUUCUGAUUCCCUGGUUGAAGUUACUUUGGUUCGCUUCCAGAGCUCUCACACGUGUUCAAUUUCAAUUAUUGGUCAGGAAUAAUUUAUGCUAACGAAAUGCAGGAGCCAAGACUUAAGUCACUGACUGCCAAUUUGAAUCGGAUGGGGGUGACAAACACCAUAGUUUGUAACUAUGAUGGUAGAGAGGUUGGUUCUUUAGCUAUUGGGUUUUUGGGGUCUCCGAUUGGCGCUUUUGAUUUCUAAUCCGUUUUCCACUAUUUGGUUGUAGCUUCCCAAGGUUUUGGGUCUCAAUUCAGUUGAUAGAGUGUUGCUGGAUGCUCCCUGUAGUGGAACAGGGGUAAGCAGCACUCGUGAAUGACACAUUCUUUCUUAAUAACAUGCAGGUUAUAUCUAAAGACGAGUCAGUAAAAACAUCCAAAAGCCUGGAGGAUAUAGAAAAAAGUGCUCAACUGCAGAAGGUAGGUAGCUGAAAGCUGUCAAUCUAGCAACUUGGCUUGUUGUCAGCCUAAUUUUAUCUUCAUUGGUUGAUUAAGCUUAAUAAGUUAUCCUUUUGUUGCAGCAAUUGAUACUCAAUGCAAUUGACAUGGUUGAUGCAAUUUUGGGUUCUUCCCAACCGUUUGAUGAACGUGGUGACAAUUGAUUCUCGCCUUUAUGUUUCUAUAAUUUUGAGUUUAUUAUAAUUUAAGAAGACUCGCUUACUCAUUAUGUACGACAAAGUGGAUGAAACAAGAGGGUUACAGCGCAUCAUUGGUAAAAAAACUUGUCUUUUCUUAUAUCCAAUUUACGACUUAAACUCUUUGCUAAAAGUCUGCAUUCUGUUUUCUUUUACAAAUUAUAAGCUUUGGCUGAAAUCAUAACGGAGUUGGGCGGCAAACGUGAUUCCACCUGUAACCGUCAAGUCAACGUCGACGGAUUCGAUUCUCAGACAAGCUGAAAGAACAGUAGAAAUAUGAUUAUGGUUCGUGGCAGAGUUAAUGCUCAAUUAAAAAAUCAAGAUGUUCCCAUUAACUUGUCUUCCAUUAUAAAAUUCAAAAUAAAAUGUGGAAUUUGCAAAUUCAUGAGUUCCACGGAUUUGGAUAUAAAAAAUGACUCAAAUCCGUGGAGCCCAUAAAUUUGUUUCCCUUAGUAAACAAUGGAUUUGUGCCAAGUUCUUGAUGCUUGAAAUUUAUGUGUCAACAUGGAUCAUUUUGUAGAUAGUUAAUGUAAUUUAAAGUGCUACAAACUUAUACACGAAAUCAAGUGAGAAAAUUAUGUGUAAAAUAAGAUUAACGAAAGAAAAAAUAGAAAGUAAGAUGACGA